UGCUCCGCACCGUGACUUCUUCCACCACCGCCGGCGGCAGACCCACUUUUCGACGCGAAUAUUACCUUCGUUUUGCUCUCACUGGCAGCAGAAGCUCCUGAGCCUUUUGUAUUAUUCUAUCUGCAUUUCGUUAUUUGCUUGGCGACUGAGCUGAAUCUUCACAAAACAUGAACAUAGGUGACGAUCAGCUUGGAACACCUCCUGCUCAAGGUUCUUCGAAUGAUAAUGCUCCUAUUGAGAAAGUGGAAGAGAUAUCAGACCACCUCUCUCAAAGCAUUCCACCAACUCCUUCCGAUGUACACGUCCCUAGUCCUCCAGCCUUAUCACAGGAGCCAAGCAGAACCCAGCGCCCAAAGCCAAACUACCAAGCCCAUUAUCUCAUGGCUGGACAUACAAUGUCGAUAUCCGCUCUAAAGUUUAGUCCUGAUGGCUCCAUAUUGGCAUCGUCUGCUGCGGACAAAACUAUCAAGCUUUGGGACGGGUUAACUGGUGGCAUAAUGCAGACACUUGAAGGACAUGCAGAGGGUAUCAAUGAUAUUGCUUGGUCGAACGACGGUCAAUAUAUUGCUUCCGCUUCUGAUGAUAAGACAAUCAUGCUUUGGAGCCCCGAACAGAAAACACCUGUCAAAACGCUCAAGGGUCACACUAAUUUCGUCUUUUGCUUGAACUAUAGCCCCCAUUCCGGAUUACUGGUUUCAGGUGGGUAUGAUGAGACCGUCCGCGUCUGGGAUGUAGCAAGGGGUAGAUCGAUGAAAGUGCUCCCUGCGCAUUCAGACCCUGUCACGGCUGUGAAUUUUAAUCACGAUGGUACUCUUAUCGUCUCGUGUGCCAUGGAUGGUUUAAUACGAAUAUGGGAUGCUGAAUCUGGCCAAUGCUUGAAAACCUUGGUUGAUGAUGAUAACCCCGUCUGUUCACACGUUAGAUUCUCUCCCAACUCAAAAUUUGUUCUCGCUGCCACACAAGAUUCUACAAUUCGGCUAUGGAAUUAUUUCACUUCUCGCUGUGUCAAAACGUACAUAGGACAUACGAACCGCACAUACUGUCUCGUUCCCUGUUUCAGCACGACUGGCGGCCAGUACAUUGUAUGUGGCAGUGAAGACUCAAAAGUGUAUAUAUGGGAUCUGCAGAGCCGUGAAAUAGUGCAAGUACUGCAAGGUCAUAGAGAUGUGGUUUUAGCUGUAGCUACGCAUCCUUCACGCAACAUCAUCGCAUCUGCAUCGAUGGAGAAGGAUAUUACAAUUCGACUCUGGUUUGAUGAACCGAGCGGUCAAGAAAGUGGGGUACUCAGCUCGUAAAAUUCAAAGUACUACAUACUCGACUGAAAUCUUCCUAUGUAAUCUUGCAUACUGCAAAACCCUAAGGUGCUUGAAGCCCCUGAUACGGGUUACGCAUCACGUGAUCCAAUAUG